AUGAUGCGAAAAUUUCGUCGAAUCUUUCGUGCACCCUCAACUCCACCAUCCGCCGCAGCACCGACUAAAGAUGAAACUAUGCACAAGACGCAUAGCUGUGACUCAACGUUGGAUGACGAUGCGUCAUACGUCAAGAAGAGAUCAUCGCCUGUGACCAAUUGUUCGAAUUCGACAGAAUCACCGAAAACCACAAAUCCUAUUCCACAUUCACCAUUACCUUCAAUAUCCGACGAGAAACAAUAUGCAAAAAUGCGUGUUAUAUCUUCUCCAGUCUUUCAAUUACGCGAUAUAAUUCAUGCUCUAUUAACAUCAUCCUCCUACGAUCUAAUCUCAACAUUUUUAACUUAUGGACAAUUAUUAGGCGCAUCGUCCAUUCAUGGUUAUCUCGUUGAUCCUACAAAUGAUACUCAAUUACUCAUUAAUGAUGAUCAUACCUCUUCCCAAGGUAUUGCUCUCUACGUUACCUAUGAUAUGAAACUAAGUGAUCAACAAUGGAAAGAUCAGUUCGGCAUCCAUGAAUCAACAAGUACUAAAUCGAAAAAUCCGACGACGUUUUUUCCUUUAACAGAUUAUUUAUGUAUACUAAGUGGCUCACGAGUGAUAUUCUACGAUCCGAAUGAACGUAUUAUCAACGAAGAUCGUGCAUUUGUUUCGAUCUUUGAUUUAGAAACAGAUGAUGUCACUGCAUUUAAAGAUCAAUUCUCGAAAUUAGAUUAUUUUCUAUUCAAGUCGAAAACGUACUACAAUGGAACGUUAAUUCGUCUUCCGUUGCGAACCAUUCUCACGCAAAAGCAAACGUUAAAUGAUUUAAAACAACAGAUCUACAAAUAUUUCAAUCUGAAUAAUUCAUUGAUCGAUUUAUUACUGAUGCAAUUGAAUUUGAGCACUAUCGAUUUCGAUUACACGAGGGACUUUGAGAUCUUCCAACGCUUUCUAUCCUACGAGAAGCAUUCUAUUUCAAGUAUACAUGAUAAUCAAUCCACCACACAAAUUAUUCAUUUAACAUUAUCUCGAUUGAUAAAUGAAAUUAAUACAAGUGAUGUGUCUUGUUGGCUUUUAUCGACACAUACGAAUCAAAGUGAUAUUGGCAAAAGUAAAACUGAGUUGAAAUUACUUCUUCCACUGACACCGCUUAGUCUUGCAUCGGAAUCGCACAAUUCAUCAGCACAAUCGUAUAAAUACCAAUUAAUCCAGAUAACCUCAUCUCGAACUCUGUACUGUCACUCAACGGCAUCAGUAAAUCUAUCAGCAAAGGAUGACCUAUCCACACAUUUACGUCAAAUGAACUUUCCGCAAGCGUACGCAUUGUUUUUGAAAGAUCUAUCUCGAUUAAUAAAACCAACGAUCACGUCGCCAUCGAAUUUAUCCAUCGAUCUGAUUUGGGAACUAAUGCCUGAUAUCGAUGAGCAUCAACGUUUAUGGAAUGACAAACAUCAAUAUACUUCGCAAUCGCAACCACAAGUUCAUCUGAUCAAUAAAAUUAUACCCGACAUGUGGAAAGAAAUUGGUAAACAAGAACUGUUCUAUUCCGUAACGGAUGGCUGGGGCUAUGUUGCGAUUGAGGAUAUGAUCAUCAAUAACGUCGAAGCCGGACCUAUUCAGGAUGUACUCACAUUUGUGUUUUCCGAAGCAAAUGCACCUAUUGUUAUCUUACCAUCUCACGUUAUCAACGGUUUGUGUAGAUACUCAAAUAAACAAUAUUUACAAGUGAUGACACCGUUUCAUGCAUCGGAGUUAUUAGCGAAGAACUCAUCGUUGCUCCUGCGUUUAUCAUUCCAACAAAAAGUGUCUCUCUUGAAAUACAUCAUUUUGAAUGAUCCUGAUCCGAGUUUAGUAUUGGAAUUAGAAUUGUUGCCAUUAGCGAAUCAUACGUUCGCAACAUUUCAAACAAAACAAGCGAUUACAGUGUAUGUCAUGGAUCGAAAUCUGAAUUUCUUGAAACUAUUUCACAAGGAACAACAUGAUCGGUUUCUGAAUCCGAUGAUCGAUCAAGAUUUAUUCGACAAAUUAUCAUCGAAGAAUUUUCAAGCCACAGCUCAACAAUUGCAGUUCGAAAUUCUACUCGACCGUUGUUGGUUGACGGCUACAAUCCGAAACGACUUCUUUCAACGAUCAGCCUUUGUCGUCGAAGCGCGUACAUCGCUACAAAGAACAAUCAUCUAUUCCAUCCUCACCUUCGAAUUCAAUCUCGAAAGGUAA